GUAACCCCUGCGGCGGCCCAGAGGACGGGAAGCCGGGGCGGGGGGCGCCCACUCCAGCCAGGCUUCAGCAAGAGGAGAGCCGGACGGAGCUGUUUUGAGCCGACGCGCCGUGGCCGCGCUGCGCACGCACCGCCGCGCGCGCCGCCCGGGAACGCGGGGCGCCGUUUGACCCCGCCGCCGCGCCGUAGGUCGGGCUCCACGCUGCCGGCUGCCAUGGCGGACGUGUCCGAGCGGACGCUGCAGCUAUCUGUGCUGGUGGCUUUCGCGUCCGGAGUGCUCGUGGGCUGGCAGGCGAACCGACUGCGGAGGCGCUACCUGGACUGGAGGAAGCGGAGGCUGCAGGACAAGCUGGCGACGACUCAGAAAAAGCUGGACCUGGCCUGAGACCCCGCGCUGUCGGUCGGCGCCGACCCCCACGCGCCCUCCUCGCCUCGCCCGCGCCGGGGCUCAGGCCGGCUUCACACUCCCCGCCUGCUGCGCCUUGUUCUUUUUGGAGAGUUGCAGUUUGUCGAAGAUGGAUAUAGAGCACUGGAUGGAUCUAAUUUCUCCUUGCUCUUUAUGAGUCAAUUUUAUUUUCAAAAUAAAAAAAAAUUAAACAUC